AUGGUUCAUUUUUUAACAAUGGCACUGGGAGGAGAAGGCUACCUUAAUUUCAUGGGAAAUGAGUUUGGUCAUCCCGAGUGGAUCGAUUUCCCGAGAGUAGGAAAUGAUUGGAGCUACGAUAAGUGCAGACGCCAAUGGGAACUUGUUGAUACAGAGCACUUAAGAUACAAGUUUAUGAACGAAUUUGAUAGAGCUAUGAACUUGCUCGAUGACAAGUUUUCCUUCCUCGCAUCAACCAAACAGAUCGUGAGCAGCGCGGAUGAAGAAGACAAGGUUAUCGUGUUUGAAAGGGGAGAUCUAGUGUUUGUUUUCAAUUUCCAUCCCGAUAACACGUAUGACGGGUACAAAGUUGGUUGCGAUUUACCGGGGAAAUAUAGAGUUGCUCUGGACAGCGAUGCGUGGGAAUUCGGUGGGCAUGGAAGAGUUGGUCAUGAUGUUGAUCAUUUCACUUCGCCCGAAGGACUACCAGGAGUUCCGGAAACAAACUUCAAUAACCGUCCUAACUCGUUCAAAGUUCUCUCACCGCCACGGACUUGUGUGGUUUAUUACCGGGUUGAAGAAGAAGACAUUCUUGUAGAAUCCGGGGUUGAAGAAGAAAUUCUUGUAGAAACCAUGAAAAUCCAUGAAGUAACUCCUGCCACUGAAGGCAAAGCGCAAAGUUCAGAAAUACCCGAGGAAGAAGACGACGAGGACGAGAGAUUGAUCUGAAUAGUGAAUAUUAUGGUUGCUUUUGGAGAAUACUAGGAGUUUAUGGUUCAAAAUCGGCUUAAGCUCGAGUUUAAAACACUUAAAAGUCUCAUAAAGCUUUCUCUAGCCUUAUUUAGAUGGAACCUUUUCAUUUUUUUACCCUGGUGUACAUGCAUAUUUGCAUAAUUUCCUUGCUAUCUAUUCGAGUCGACUCAACCCGA